ACGUGCUCAACCCACCAACUGACUGCUCGGCCUUCCAGCCUCCAGCUCAGCCUUCGAGGAUAGCUGCAGGACUGUGCCAUGAACUCAGAGAGUCAAUAACAAUCCAGCUCGGCCUCCACAAGGACACUGAUGCCGCCGAGUCUGCUCCGCCCUCCUCCGGAAAGCUAGCUACACCAGCCCCCUCCAUAUCUCAUGAAGCACAAGUACACCGAUGACAAGAACCCUGCUGAAGCCAUGUUCACGCAGCCCUUUGGCAUCUCAUGGCGCAAGGCCCUCGUCAGCAUCCCUCGCCUCGUCCCGGACUUUGUCCUCAACUUCACCACUUCCGAGGGUCCGCAGCCCAUCGUCUUCGACAUCCCCUCGCGAGGCAAGCAUCUGAUUCCCGUCUAUGUCUGGGUCCCGCCCGUCCGCAAGCACCGUCACCGCCAUCUGUUUCACCACCACAAGAACGCUGCCGGGGCGCAUCUGAAGGACGCUCUUCGACCGAUAGGGAUCGACGAAGACCACGACGCCAAACUGCCCGUCCUGAUCGAUUUCCAUGGCGGCAGCUUCAUCCUCGGGUCAUGCCAGGAGCAAGCUCCCUUCUGUGCCCGGAUGUGCCGUGAGCUGAACUGCAUCGUCAUCUCGGUAGACUACCGGCUCGGUCCGUAUGCGGAAUUUCCUGCGGCCAAUCUUGAUGCAGAGGACGUGGUACUUGCCGUGAUCGACGCAAGCAAUAGAGCGUUCAAGCCGCUUAGGGAAGGGAUAAUGUGGGAGAUGCUGAAACAAGGACGAAAACCCGUCGAACUGGACGAGCACAAGAUCGCCCUUUCAGGAUUCAGCUCCGGAGGAAACAUCGCUCUGAACCUGGCCCUCAGUAUCAAGGAUGACCCGACAUUCGAAACUGACUGGGUGAGUCCGUUGCCGUGGGACUGGGCAAACGAGAUUCCAGUUCUGCUGUUCUAUCCGAGCUUGGACGCCCGGCUUUUGCCGCACGAGAGGCCAAGGCCGGAGGGUCUGGAUCCCCCUACUGGAUUUGUCGAGCGCUGGAAGAUCGAGAAGGAAUUGAUGCCUACGUAUCUGCCUCCGGAGAAGAGGGAUCAUCCCCGGGCGAGCCCCGGCCUCGCAGACAUCCGAGCGAAGGACGGGGAGAAUUUCGGGCUCCACCCCAAAGCCAAGAUGCUGCUGGUGCUGCCCCAGUUCGACUCGCUGAACGCGCAGAGCCUGACCUGGAUCCAGAAGGUCCGGGACGAGGGCCGCGGGGACGAUCUGAUCGUCGAGGAAGUCAAGGGCGUGGUGCACGGCUGGACACAGUUUCCGGACUCGUGGAUCAGCGAGGAAGAACGGAAGCUCAAAAUCGCGGCGUUUCGCAGGGCGAGGGAGUUUCUCGAGGACUACUGGCACCUUGACAGCCAGCUUGUGGAGGUUGAGGUCAUCCACCACGACAAGGACGGGAUUGGACAGGUCAUAGAUACCGCGGGAUCACAGAACCUGGGGCAAGCAUGACACGACGCGACGCGACGCGAAAUGAGUGGAGAUGGGAUAUUGUUUCAGUAUAAUGCUGAAGCAGUGGUUAUAACGAGUGAGUCGUGCGCGUCUCCAAGAAAGGGGGCAUUUGGUGUCUUUUGCCAUCUCUUUGUUCCAAUACAAUACAACUGUGCGGGUACAGUCGACUCUGGAGGAGGCAACGGAAGUACUCGGUACAUCCAUCAUUAGCCAGGGAGAUGUUUUAACUGUAAAGAAAGAAUUUCCCCCACUUCCUUGUCGUUGAUAUUUCCUAAAGGGGCUACCGAUAGCUGCAAUAACGGGCUUAAUGUAGAACAGAGUGUGGUCGUGGGGAAGUGGAAAGACAUGUAUACAUGUAGGCAUAAAGGG